AUGGACUCCCUACCCCCCCCCCCCCCUCCCAGCAGGUUCCUCCCCAAGCUCUCAGCAGCGGGCUACCAUGUCGUCGCCCCCGACCAGCGCGGUUUCGGGCGCACAAGCGGGUGGGACACGCGCGCGUAUGCGGACGUCGACCUGAGCACGUUCUCUCUGUCAAUGCUGGUGCGCGACAUGGUUCUGCUCGUGCACGCGCUGGGAUACAGGAGCGUAGCGUGCGUCGCGGGACACGACUGCGGCGCUGUAUCGGCUGCCAUGUGUGCGCUUAUGAGGCCUGAUAUGUUUCGGUCUGUGGCGCUCAUGAGCCAUCCGUUCAAUGGGAGUCCGGAGGUGCCGUUCGAUACGGCUAGUGCAUCGGCGGUUGGGGGUGCGAGUGGGGGGAUGGAGGGGGCUGCUGGUGCGGAUGUUCACGAGGCGCUUGCUAAGCUCGGGAAGAAGCAUUAUAAGUGGUAUUACUCUAGUGCUGUAGCGGGGGUGGAGAUGUCGAAUUUAGAGCCCGAGGAGAUGAAGCAGUUUCUGCGCGGAUACUUCCAUUUGAAGAGUGGGAGUUGGGGUGGGAAUCGGCCUGUUGCGCUUGGGAAGUGGUCAGCGGAGGAUUUGGUCAAGUUGCCUGGGUAUUAUAUUAUGCCGAUUGGGGAGACGAUGCCGGGUACUGUGGCAAUUGAUAUGAGGGAUGAGCCGGCUGAGGCUUCGCGGUCUUGGCUACCGGAUGAUGAGCUUGCUAUUUAUGCGGCAGAAUAUGGGCGCACUGGGUUCCAGGGUGGCUUGAAUUGGUACCGGGUGCGGACGGCUGCUGGGGGGAAGUAUACACGGGACUUUGAGGUUUUUGCUGGGAAGAAGCUUGAGCCGCCUUGCGCUUUUGUUUCUGGGAAGUUGGAUUGGGGAAAUUAUCAGGAGCCCGGGGCCAUUGAGAAGAUGAAGAAUGGGGUCUCUUGUGCUGAUCUUCGGAUUCUUCGGCUUGUGGAUGGUGUUGGACACUGGACGCCACAGGAAAGUCCGGAAGAGGUGUCGCGUACCAUUCUGGAUUUGAUCGGAGGUGUGCGUGAUGAUAUUGUAGGUUAG